AUUACAUGGAUUUAUUGUUUCCUCAAGAACAACGGAGAGAAUCAGUUGUGUUGUGACAAGUUAAUAAUUAUGUGAAAUCUCUUAAAGAAUCUUCAAUAUUUUUUAAAUUAAACAUGACAACGUUCAUACAACAACAAAAUGAACUCCGUGAGGACGAAGAUGAAACUGCUACAGCUUCAGUAAAAUGGACUGUGUGGACUAUUUUGUGCAAAACAACUAUUGUAGGAUGGUUUUUUACGUUCGCAUUUGCUCUAAUAGUCCCUGUGUUAACGUAUUAUUUAGUGGUUAACUUAGGUACAUACAAAGAAGUAGACACGUUUACAUGUUUCGUUAACAGCACUUUUAGAGUACCUUGUGGAAAAGUGAACAUCAGUGAACAUGAAUGUGUUAAAUUAGCAUGUUGUUAUGAUAAACCUACAGACUCCUGUUACCAUUAUUUACCCUCAAGAUACUCAUAUGACUUAGCAGGUUCCAGUUACAAAGCUUCUCGGUCUUCAUCACCAUUUAAUACAACAGCUAUAGAAGAAAUGCAGAUUUCAGUCAAUGAGAUAUCAAUCAACAAAGUCAGCAUAAUUUUACACAAACCAAGUACGAGUAUUGUAGAAAAUACAGUAAAUGUUCGUGAGUAUGUGGUAAGAAAAGCUGCAGAAAAGCUCAUGGUGGAGAUUUUCAGACCAAAUGGAGACAGAAUUUUUUCGACGGCAAAAGGACCAUUGAUCGCCUCUGAAAACUACUGGGAGUGGACUGUGCAUCUAACCGAUCAUUCCUUAUUUGGUCUAGACAAGACGCUGCUUCAAAGACAUAAGAAUUCUACCAUAUCGAAGGUGUUCUACAAGAACAAGAACGAUCAUAGUAAUUUCCCGGUGAUUUGGGCCUACCACAGAGGACAGUUUCAUGGAUUAACAGUCAAGCAUGACGGACCGCUUGAGGUCUCUAUUCUUACUUCUAAUCUAAUUAUAUUAAAAGGAUUAUUAGGUGAAACUAUAGAGCUUGUGUUAUAUACUGGACCAACGCCAGCAGAUCUUCAUCAGCAACAUUUGGAAGACAGUGAACAGUUGGAUGUACCUGAGUGGUUGUUAAAGACACAUAUGUGCAGAAAAAAUGAAAAGUUUUUGAAUGUAUCCACAUUAGUUUCGAAUUUUGUCUUGGACAGUGAGGCAGACAGCUUUUGUAUAGACGAAAACUUAUUAAUGGGAAUCUUGGCAGAAAGGGCUAAUGACACUAGCUACCAAGACGCAGUGCAAGCCCUAAUAACGCCUUUAAGGGAAAAAGGAAAGAAGUUUUUAUUGUCGGUUCCUCCACAGGUAUUGACUAACUCAGAUUUUUAUAACAAUGCUAGCAGUCUUGAUCUUCUGUAUACCUAUCUUAAUAAAACAAUUUAUCAAGGAAAAUAUUUAGAUCAGGACGUUUCUUAUAUAGACUACAGUCAUGAGAAUAUCCAGAAAUACAUGGAAGUAUUUGGUACAUUUUUAGAAGAUUUCUUCAAUCACACUAUCGAUGGUUUGGUUUUAACCGAUAACUGGCCAGCGAAUGAAGAAUUUAAAAUGGAUAAUGACAGUUUUCCGUACUUUACUAAAGCAUUACAAGAUGCCAUGUCGUACACCAUUCAAUGGAACACAACUGCCAAUGAUAUACUUCACAUUCAAAAGCACAACUCCUAUGGAGGAUACCAAUAUAAAUCCUUAAAAGAUUAUUUCAAAAGUAAAGAAAUAUUCAUACUAUCAGCAACGAAAUCAAUCAGUCAAGUCGAACCUAUGAUCAUAGAGAACGUAGAAACUUCUUGGACCAAUCUCAGAAAAUAUCUGGACAGCGUGUUAUUCGAUAGUAUAAUCGGCAACCAUUUGGUUAGUAUACCUGUUUGUGGGGAUACCAACGUUUUCGAUACUUCAAUUCAAAUGAAACUUUGUUUGAGAUGGUACUUGAUUGCUGCUACCAUGCCAAUGUUUAGAAUAUCUGCUCCUAAACCUUGGAGAAAUCCAGAUGAUUUGUCCGCCAAAUAUGAUCAGCAAACAGCUCAAUCUGCGUUAGAUACAAGAAAUAUGUUACUAGCCUACUACAACGGUCUCAUAAGCAGUAACGAACCAGUGAUUAGACCUAUGUUCUACGACUUCUACGAAAACACCACCACUUUUUCUCUGUAUGAGCAGUACAUGGUGGGCAAGAAUAUGUUGGUGGUGCACCCUCUGACUGCAGAUAGAACCAAAAUGAAUGUUUAUCUACCUCCUGCCAUUGACGUCUGGUAUGAAUUUUGGGGUGGAGAUAUUUACAAACCUACCAAAACAAAUCCUUGGGUUAGCAUUAGCGUUACGGAAGCAGAUUUUGUGGCUUUUAUUCCAAAAGGAAGUGUUAUUCCUCUGAUAGAUGGCAAUACAGUGAAUUUGAUCGUUGCACUGAACUUCACAUCAAGCAAAAGAACACGAAGUUUUAUAGAAAGUUCUGGUUCUGCAACGGGUUUUAUGAAAACAGACGGAAUUUCUAUAACAUUUACAGCCAAUAUCAAAUCAGUCGAUAUCAGCAGCAGUUCAGACAAAAAAUGGAGUUUGCAUUUAGGUUAUGUAAAGGUAUACCAAUAUUUGAACAGUAAUAAACCGGCAUACUAUGAUGUAAACAGAUCAAUUGAUCAAGAUACUCAAAAUAUGCCAUAUGAACCUCCACCCACAACGACCACAGAAUCAACAACCAGUUCUACAACAACUAGUACUACAACAGCUAGUACUGUAACGGAAAGUACAACUGAAGAUACUGGUACCACUAUUAGUUCUACACCUACAAUGGAAAGUACAACUGGAAGUACUGGUGAAACUGAUAGUACUUCAUCUAUAAGUGGAAGCACAACUGAAGAUACUGGUACCACUAGUAUUUCUACACCAACAAGAGAAAGCACAACUGAAGAUACUGGUACUACUAGUACUUCUACACCUACAAUGGAAAGUACAACUGGAAGUACUGGUAAUACUGGUAGUAGUUCACUUAUAAGCGAAAUCACAACUGCAGAUACUGGUACCACUAGUAGUUCUACACCAACAAGGGAAAGUACAACUGAAGAAACUGGUACUACUAGUACUUCUACACCUACAAUGGAAAGUACAACUGGAAGUACUGGUAAUACUGGUAGUAGUUCACUUAUAAGCGAAAUCACAACUGCACAUACUGGUACCACUAGUAGUUCUACACCAACAAGGGAAAGUACAACUGAAGAAACUGGUCCUACUAGUGGUUCUACAGCUACAAGUGAAAGCACAACUGAAGAUCCUGGUAACACUAGUAGUCCUACACCUACAGAGGCAAGUACACCUGAAAUCACAAUUACUAGUGGUAGUAUACCUACAGCGAAAAGUACUACAACAAUCACAAAUACAGAAACUACAAUAAUUACAAGUACUGAUGCUCUUAUAACUGCUACAAGUAACACAAUAUAAAGUACUACUUACGUGUGUACAACUAUAUCCACGAACUAAAGUCAAUUGUUUAAUAUUUAACAAUCAGAUGGUGGAACUGCAUCUGGAGAGCACAUUCUUCUUUCAAUUCUAUUUUAAGAGUAUCAACUAAGUUAUCAAUAAAGUGUAAACUCUUUUUUAGUAUUAAAUAUAUCUUAAGUUGUUA